AUGGCACAAUUUGGUGUUUCAUUUGUUCACAUUGUGAUAGCUAUGGUGGUUGUGGCUUUGUUGCAUAACUGUGGAGUGAUGGCACAGGGCAUUUCUCCUACACCAGCUAUGGACGCUGGAGCUGGAGAAAUUAUCAAGCUCGAAAAUGCAAUCAACACACGUUCUUGCUCUUGUCUAAAACCAAACCAGAGUUACAAAGACGCAUAG